GCGAGAUCCGCGCGGCGCCCGCCGUUCCGUCCCGGGGGCGUUGUUGCCGGGCGGGGCGGGGCUUCGCGGCCGGAAGCGGCCUGUUCCUUCAGCGUCGCUUCCGGUGCCGCCGCCGCCGCCCUGCGCGGGAUGUAGCGGCCGCGCGGCGGCACAAGGACGCGGAGGGACCUGCACCGGCCACCCGCACCCACCGCCAUGGCGUCCCGCAAAGGCUCCGCCGCCGGGCCGGGCACCGCGCUGGCCGCCGCCGGGCGGGAACGGGCGCACCUGGAGCUGGCGGAGCUGGGGCCGCUCCUGGAGGAGAAGGGGGAACAAGGAGCCGCCGGCGCGGCCGCCGCCGAGGACCCACCGUGCCCGGCGGCCCGCGAGGAAGAGGAGGAGGUGGUCCGUGUGCUGACUCUGCCCCUGCAGGCUCAUCACGCCAUGGAGAAGAUGGAGGAGUUUGUGUACAAGGUGUGGGAAGGGCGCUGGCGCGUGAUUCCCUACGACGUGCUUCCCGACUGGCUGAAGGACAACGAUUACCUCCUGCACGGACACCGGCCGCCCAUGCCGUCCUUCCGCGCCUGCUUCAAGAGCAUCUUCCGGAUACACACCGAGACCGGCAACAUCUGGACGCACUUGCUGGGUUUUGUCUUGUUCCUGUGCCUGGGGAUCCUGACCAUGCUGCGGCCCAACAUGUACUUCAUGGCCCCUCUCCAGGAGAAGGUGGUGUUCGGGAUGUUCUUCCUGGGAGCGGUGCUGUGCCUCAGCUUCUCCUGGCUUUUCCACACCGUCUACUGUCACUCGGAGAAGGUCUCGCGGACUUUUUCAAAGUUGGAUUAUUCAGGAAUUGCACUGCUGAUCAUGGGGAGCUUCGUCCCGUGGCUCUACUAUUCAUUCUACUGCUCCCCGCAGCCAAGACUCAUCUACCUCUCCAUCGUCUGCGUCCUGGGCAUCUCCGCCAUCAUCGUUGCCCAGUGGGACCGGUUCGCCACCCCCAAGCACAGGCAGACACGAGCAGGCGUUUUCCUGGGGCUGGGGCUGAGCGGCGUGGUGCCCACCAUGCACUUCACCAUCGCCGAGGGCUUCGUCAAAGCCACCACGGUCGGGCAGAUGGGCUGGUUCUUCCUCAUGGCUGUGAUGUACAUCACGGGCGCGGGGCUCUACGCUGCCCGCAUCCCCGAGCGCUUCUUCCCGGGCAAGUUCGACAUCUGGUUUCAGUCACAUCAGAUCUUCCAUGUGCUGGUGGUGGCCGCAGCCUUUGUCCACUUCUACGGGGUGUCGAACCUGCAGGAGUUCCGCUACGGACUGGAAGGGGGGUGCACAGACGACUCUCUCCUCUGAGAGCACCAGGUUUUAGUACAAGCUUCCUAAGUGCUUUUUAAACUCUGUCUUUGCUAAAAUCAAAGGAAGACUCGAAACUCUUUGGGGUUGUUGGUUGGUUGGUUUUUUUUUUAAGGAAAAAAAAAAAAAAAGAAACAAAAAUUCUGUAGCAAAAUUGUUGACCAAAUCCUCACCCCCUUCCCCACACACGGGUUGGGGCUGAGGGGAGGUGGGAUCAUGGCCUUGCCUUCCCCAGCCCAUUUUAGCUGCACCAGGGCCACCCCCACUUCCCCAGACACCCCGAUUUCCGAGAGCAAAGGGCGCGGGUCCCCUGGCCCCCCUGAGCACCCCCUGCCUGCUCACCGCCGGAGCCAGCACAGCCACGCACGACCAGGCCCAGGGCAAGAGAUUUUUGGCGAAUCCCUCACAGCGGAGCCACCCCCGGUGCUGCUGCCCAGGGCACAGGUUCCUGUAAUUUAAUUGUCUUUUUGUUUGUUUGUUCGUUUGUUUUCCUUGACAAAAUAAUGUAAACAUAAAUGAGAGAAUAUUUAAUAUUUAAUACUAAGCUUUAAGAAGACUCGCUGCCACCGCAGUGUACUCGGCUCCUGCGCUGUCUGUGGUAGUGGCGGAAGGACAGUGUGUUCGGGGAAUGUAGAGCUGCUGUAGCUGAUCGAAAUAAAAGGUCAAUAGUUCAGUGUC